AGCCACGGGGACCUCCCAAAUGGAUCCCUAGUCCCUUCUUAGUGCACUACAUAGGGAAAGUAGUGCACUACAUAGGGAAAGUAGUGCACUACAUAGGGAAAGUAGUGCACUACAUAGGGAAAGUAGUGCACUACAUAGGGAAAGUAGUGCACUAUAUAGGGAACGUAGUGCACUACAUUGGAAAGUAGUGCACUAUAUAGGGAAUAGGGUGCCAUUUUGGACGCACACCAUGAGUGAAGAUAAGCUGCCAACAACAACUAAUCUAGCUUUACCCUUUAAUAUUACCUGGCCGGCUCUGACGUUCUGCUUGCUGCGGCUCUAUCUUCCCUAGCUGGAUCUUAUAACUGUGAUCCCUGGGGGCCUGAUGCUGUCACUGCCUCCUCUGUUCUGUUUGUCUGGCUCGGCUGGGAAUGACCCGCCGACCCACCCAACGCUCCCCACUAUUCACUUAGCAGCCGCCUGGGAUGAUAAUACUUAAUAAUAUCUGUUCUGUGUUGCUACCGCUAAGGUCAGGGUUUUCUUCUGUUCUGUGUUGCCACCGCUAAGGUCAGGGUUUACUUCUGUUCUGUGUUGCUACAGCUAAGGUCAGGGUUUACAUCUGUUCUGUGUUGUCACAGCUAAGGUCAGGGUUUACUUCUGUUCUGUGUUGUCACAGCUAAGGUCAGGGUUUACUUCUGUUCUGUGUUGCUACAGCUAAGGUCAGGGUUUACUUCUGUUCUGUGUUGCUACAGCUAAGGUCAGGGUUUACUUCUGUUCUGUGUUGCCACCGCUAAGGUCAGGGUUUACUUCUGUUCUGUGUUGCUACAGCUAAGGUCAGGGUUUACUUCUGUUCUGUGUUGCUACAGCUAAGAUCAGGGUUUACUUCUGUUCUGUGUUGUCACAGCGAAGGUCAGGGUUUACUUCUGUUCUGUGUUGCUACAGCUAAGAUCAGGGUUUACUUAUGUUCUGUGUUGCUACAGCUAAGGUCAGGGUUUACUUCUGAUCUGUGUUGCUACCGCUAAGAUCAGGGUUUACUUCUGUUCUGUGUUGCUACAGCUAAGGUCAGGGUUUACUUCUGUUCUGUGUUGCUACAGCUAAGGUCAGGGUUUACUUCUGUUCUGUGUUGCUACAGCUAAGGUCAGGGUUUACUUCUGUUCUGUGUUGCUACAGCUAAGGUCAGGGUUUACAUCUGUUCUGUGUUGCUACAGCUAAGGUCAGGGUUUACUUCUGUUCUGUGUUGCUACAGCUAAGGUCAGGGUUUACUUCUGUUCUGUGUUGCUACAGCUGAGGUCAGGGUUUACUUCUGUUCUGUGUUGCUACAGCUAAGGUCAGUGCACGCUGGAUAGUGUGAUUAUUUUUUUCUGUCUCAUGACACAUGCUAGGAGUGUACACAUGUAAAACUGGUAGACCUAUAGCUAGCUACAUGCUAGGAGUGUAGACAUGUAACACUGGUAGACCUAUAGCUAGCUACGAGUGAUGCAGCAGACACUGCAUCGCAAUGCAAGAGGUGUCACUACAGUCCCUGGUUUGAAUCCAGGCUGUAUCACAUCCGGCUGUGAUUGGGAGUCCCAUACGGUGGCGCACAAUUGGCCCAGCGUCGUCCAGUUUUGGCCGGGGUAGGCCGUCCUUGUAAAUAAGAAUUUGUUUUUAACUGACUUGCCUUGUUAAAUAAAGGUUACAUUUGAAAACAAAAGCCCAUGUGGGUAUUAUGUUAUGGCUCCACAGUAAAUACAGACAAUCCUGCAUACAGCAUUGGCUGUAUUUACUGGUUGUAUUUACUGGUGGUCACCUGGUUGUCUAAGUCUUAGGGUUUUCUGGGUAGGUUUCCGUGUGCUUCCAUGAGGAGAAGCACACAUCUGUGUACUUACUGGACACAUGACAUAAUACACGAGUGAUGCCAGUCAGCUGGCUGAUGGACAAAGAGUCUCAACAACACAUUAAAAUACUGUGGUCCAGCGUCAGGCUUCCCUCCAAGGGUUUUGUGCAGAAUAGCACUCUGUUCAUUACGACAAGAGUCAAACUCCUUCCACGGAGGGUCGAGUGGCUGCGGGGUUUCGCUCCUCCGUUGUACUUGAUGGAUGAAUUAAGAUCACUGAUUAGUAAGGAACUCCCCUCAUCUGGUUGUCUAGGUGUCAGAAAUGACCUCUCCUCACCUGGUUGUCUAGGUCUCAGUAAGGAACUCCCCUCACCUGGUUGUCUAGGUCUUAGUAAGGACCUCUCCUCACCUGGUUGUCGAGGUGUCAGAAAUGACCUCUCCUCACCUGGUUGUCUAGGUGUCAGAAAUGACCUCUCCUCACCUGGUUGUCUAGGUGUCAGAAAUGAACUCUCUUCAGCUGGUUGUCUAGGUGUCAGAAAUGACCUCUCCUCACCUGGUUGUCUAGGUCUCAGUAAGGAACUCCCCUCACCUGGUUGUCUAGGUCUCAGUAAGGAACUCCCCUCACCUGGUUGUCUAGGUCUUAGUAAGGAACUCCCCUCACCUGGUUGUCUAGGUCUCAGUAAGGAACUCCCCUCACCUGGUUGUCUAGGUCUCAGUAAGGAACUCCCCUCACCUGGUUGUCUAGGUCUCAGUAAGGAACUCCCCUCACCUGGUUGUCUAGGUCUCAGUAAGGAACUCCCCUCACCUGGUUGUCUAGGUGUCAGUAAGGAACUCCCCUCACCUGGUUGUCUAAGUCUCAGUAAGGAACUCCCCUCACCUGGUUGUCUAGGUCUCAGUAAGGAACUCCCCUCACCUGGUUGUCUAAGUCUCAGUAAGGAACUCCCCUCACCUGGUUGUCUAGGUCUCAGUAAGGAACUCCCCUCACCUGGUUGUCUAGGUCUCAGUAAGGAACGCCCCUCACCUGGUUGUCUAGGUCUCAGUAAGGAACCCCUCACCUGGUUGUCUAGGUGUCAGUAAGGAACUCCCCUCACCUGGUUCCCCUCACCUGGUUGUCUAGGUCUCAGUAAGGAACUCCCCUCACCUGGUUGUCUAGGUCUCAGUAAGGCUCUCCUUUCACCUGGUUGUCUAGGUCUCAGUAAGGCUCUCCUCUCACCUGGUUGUCUAGGUCUCAGUAAGGAACUCCUCUCACCUGGUUGUCUAGGUCUCAGUAAGGAACCCCUCACCUGGUUGUCUAGGUCUCAGUAAGGAACUCCCCUCACCUGGUUCCCCUCACCUGGUUGUCUAGGUCUCAGUAAGGAACUCCCCUCACCUGGUUCCCCUCACCUGGUUGUCUAGGUCUCAGUAAGGAACUCACCUCACCUGGUUGUCUUGGUCUCAGUAAGGAACUCCACUCACCUGGUUGUCUAGGUCUUAGUAAGGAACUCUCCUCACCUGGUUGUCUAGGUGUCAGAAAUGACCUCUCCUCACCUGGUUGUCUAGGUCUCAGUAAGGAACUCCCCUCACCUGGUUGUCUAGGUCUCAGUAAGGAACUCCCCUCACCUGGUUAUCUAGGUCUCAGUAAGGAACUCUCCUCACCUGGUUGUCUAGGUCUCAGUAAGGAACACCCCUCACCUGGUUGUCUAGGUCUCAGUAAGGAACUCCUCUCACCUGGUUGUCUAGGUCUCAGUAAGGAACUCCCCUCACCUGGUUGUCUAGGUCUCAGUAAGGAACUCCCCUCACCUGGUUGUCUUGGUCUCAGUAAGGAACUCCACUCACCUGGUUGUCUAGGUCUCAGAAAUGACCUCUCCUCACCUGGUUGUCUAGGUGUCAGAAAUGACCUCCCCUCACCUGGUUGUCUAGGUCUUAGUAAGGACCUCUCCUCACCUGGUUGUCUAGGUGUCAGAAAUGACCUCUCCUCACCUGGUUGUCUAGGUGUCAGAAAUGACCUCUCCUCAGCUGGUUGUCUAGGUGUCAGAAAUGACCUCUCCUCACCUGGUUGUCUAGGUCUCAGUAAGGAACUCCCCUCACCUGGUUGUCUAGGUCUCAGUAAAGAACUCCCCUCACCUGGUUGUCUAAGUCUUAGUAAGGAACUCCCCUCACCUGGUUGUCUAGGUCUCAGUAAGGAACUCCCCUCGCCUGGUUAUCUUGGUCUCAGUAAGGAACUCCCCUCACCUGGUUGUCUAGGUCUCAGUAAGGAACUCCCCUCACCUGGUUGUCUAGGUCUCAGUAAGGACCUCUCCUCACCUGGUUGUCUAGGUCUCGGUAAGGAACUCCCCUCACCUGGUUGUCUAGGUCUCAGUAAGGAACUCCCCUCACCUGGUUGUCUAGGUCUCAGUAAGGAACUCCCCUCACCUGGUUGUCUAGGUCUCAGUAAGGAACUCCCCUCACCUGGUUGUCUAGGUCUCAGUAAGGAACUCCCCUCACCUGGUUGUCUAGGUCUCAGUAAGGAACUCUCCUCACCUGUGUUGUCUAGGUCUCAGUAAGGAACUCCCCUCACCUGGUUGUCUAGGUCUCAGUAAGGAACUCCCCUCACCUGGUUGUCUAGGUCUCAGUAAGGAACUCUCCUCACCUGUGUUGUCUAGGUCUCAGUAAGGAACUCCCCUCACCUGGUUGUCUAGGUCUCAGUAAGGAACUCCCCUCACCUGGUUGUCUUGGUCUCAGUAAGGAACUCCCCUCACCUGGUUGUCUAGGUCUCAGUAAGGAACUCCCCUCACCUGUGUUGUCUAGGUCUCAGUAAGGAACUCCCCUCACCUGGUUGUCUAGGUCUCAGUAAGGAACUCCCCUCACCUGGUUGUCUAGGUCUCAGUAAGGAACUCCCCUCACCUGGUUGUCUAGGUCUCAGUAAGGAACUCCCCUCACCUGUGUUGUCUAGGUCUCAGUAAGGAACUCCCCUCACCUGGUUGUCUAGGUCUCAGUAAGGAACUCCCCUCACCUGGUUGUCUAGGUCUCAGUAAGGAACUCCCCUCACCUGGUUGUCUAGGUCUCAGUAA